AUGAAAGAAGCCAUGCCUGUCCUCACAGCAGGAGCAGGGCUGCAUGAGACGCUGGCCCUGUUGACCUCUCAGCUGCGUCCUGAUGCCAACCACAAAGAGGAGAUGGUUUUCCUCCGAGACAUCUUCAGUGAGAGGAGCCUGGGAUAUCUCAUGAAGAUCCACGAGAAGCUGCGUCAGUACGAGCGUCAGAGCCCAACUCCUGUGCUUCACAGCGCCUCCUCUCUGGCGGAGGAUGUGGCUGAGGAAUUGCAGAGUGGACCAAUGAGUGCUGAAGAAAAAGAGCUUCUACAGCUGUUGACAUCACCUCAUUUAAAGGCAGUUCUCCAGGUUCAUGAUACAGUAGCUCAGAAGAACUUUGACCCCGUGUUGCCCCCUCUGCCUGACGACUUUGAGGAUGACCUGGAUGAAGAAACGGUGAAGAUUGUCCGCCUUGUCAAGAACAAAGAACCACUGGGGGCAACCAUCCGACGGGACGAGACCACAGGGGCAGUGAUUGUAGCUCGAAUUAUGAGAGGAGGGGCCGCCGACAGGAGUGGUCUGGUACACGUUGGGGAUGAACUACGAGAGGUCAACGGCAUCUCCAUCAUUCACAAACGACCGGAGGAGAUCAGCCAAUUACUGUCCCAGUCUCAGGGUUCUAUCACUUUAAAGAUCAUCCCGGCCAUUAAAGAAGAGGACAAACUGAGAGAGAGCAAGGUCUACGUGAGGGCGCUGUUCGACUACGUUCCGCAGGAGGACAAAGCCACGCCCUGUCAGGAGGCGGGGCUUCCGUUUAAACGUGGGGACAUCUUACAGGUGGUCAGUCAAGACGACCCGACGUGGUGGCAGGCUAAACGAGUGGGUGACAGCAACCUGAGGGCCGGGCUCAUUCCCUCCAAACAGUUUCAGGAGAGGCGGUUGGCGUACAGGAUAAAAAUGGGAACCCUUCCGAACCCCAAAUCACCCAAAAAACCCAUUUACGACCAAGGAUGUGACAAAGAAGACUGUGACUGUGAAGGAUAUUUCAAUGGACAGUACAUAGCCGGUCUGCGUCGGAGUUUUCGCCUGAGCCGAAAAGACCGGCAGAAUUCGUCAGGAGAGGCCAACGCAUCCAAUUUAGGAGAGCAGGAGUUCCUUACAUAUGAGGAGGUGACAAGAUAUCAGCACCGGCCCCAUGAACGACCACGACUCGUAGUUCUUAUCGGUUCUCUUGGAGCUCGCAUUAAUGAGCUGAAACAGAAAGUAAUAGCGGAAAAUCCUCAUCGUUAUGCCGUGGCAGUUCCUCAUACCACCAGGCCCAAAAAGAGUCACGAGAAGGAGGGCGUGGAGUAUCACUUCGUCACCAAGCAGGCCUUCGACGCUGACGCCCAAAACAACAAGUUUAUAGAGUACGGAGAAUACAAGGAAAACCUAUACGGCACCAGCAUCGAGGCCAUCCGCUCCGUACAAGCCAAGAACAAAAUGUGUCUGGUGGACGUUCAACCCGAGGCGUUAAAGACACUGAGGACGGCAGAGUUCAAGCCCUAUGUCAUCUUCGUGAGGCCGCGGAUUCCGGAAAGUCGGAGACGCCGCAGUACCGCUACUUCGCCAGGAGGGGGCGAGCAUGGGCGAAUCACAGAGGAAGACCUGCAGGAGAUGCGACAGUCAGCCCAACAGAUCGACCAGCAGUAUGGGCACCUGGUUGACCGGGUCCUGAUGAAAGAGGACACGGUCAGCGCUUGCACGGAACUCCGCGCCAUCCUGGAACGGCUGGAGCGAGAGAGCUUCUGGGUGCCCAUCAGCUGGGUGAAGACUUAG